CGCAUGCGCAAAGACCUAGCUGGUCAUGGCGACGGUGCGUUCGCGUCCAUGAGGCGGGAAGCACAACCUCUACUCGCACGCUGCAAGUGGAUUAAACGCGCUGAAAUAAAUCAUGGCCGGUGUCUUCGAUAUUGAUCUCGAUCAGCCGGAGGAAAAUGUCUCUGACGACGAGCUCGAGGAGGCACAGAUUAACGAUAUCAUGGAUCAGCGCAGUGGCUUUGAAUUUAACAUGGACGACUGCGAAAAGAUUGAGAUCUCUGAGGACAGUGUGAAUCAAGGUACUGAGAGCAUACGUCCUGAGUGCUUCGAGCUGUUGCGUGUUUUGGGGAAAGGCGGCUAUGGAAAGGUAUUCCAGGUUCGGAAGGUGGCCGGUGCCGGAUCAGGGAAAAUAUUUGCUAUGAAAGUCUUAAAAAAGGCCAUGAUUGUCCGCAAUGCCAAGGACACGGCUCACACCAAGGCUGAGCGCAACAUCUUGGAGGAAGUGAAGCAUCCUUUUAUCGUCGACCUCAUUUACGCCUUUCAGACCGGUGGCAAGCUUUAUCUCAUCCUCGAAUACUUAAGUGGCGGGGAACUUUUCAUGCAGCUAGAAAGGGAGGGCAUUUUCAUGGAAGACACUGCCUGCUUUUACUUGGCAGAAAUUUCCAUGGCCCUCGGCCACCUGCACCAAAAGGGCAUCAUCUACAGAGACCUUAAACCUGAAAACAUCAUGCUCAACAGCCAAGGCCAUGUGAAAUUGACUGACUUUGGACUGUGUAAGGAAUCUAUUCAUGACGGGACGGUCACUCACACGUUCUGCGGCACUAUCGAGUACAUGGCUCCAGAGAUUCUGACGAGAAACGGACACAAUCGCGCCGUCGACUGGUGGAGUCUUGGGGCCCUGAUGUACGACAUGUUAACUGGGGCACCACCAUUUACUGGGGAAAACCGGAAGAAAACCAUUGACAAAAUUCUUAAAUGCAAACUGAAUCUCCCACCCUACCUCACACAUGAAGCCAGGGACCUGCUUAAAAAGCUGCUAAAAAGAACUGCCUCAUCUCGUCUUGGAGCUGGACCCGGGGAUGCAACAGAGGUGCAGACUCAUCCUUUCUUCCGGCACAUUAACUGGGAAGACCUUCUCGCACGGAAAGUAGACCCACCUUUUAAGCCUUUCCUGCAAUCUGCGGAGGACGUAAGCCAAUUUGAUUCGAAGUUCACCAGCCAGACUCCUGUAGAUAGUCCUGAUGACUCCACACUCAGCGAAAGUGCAAAUCAGGUCUUCCUGGGCUUUACAUAUGUAGCUCCAUCAGUGUUGGAAAACGUGAAGGAGAAAUUCUCAUUCGAGCCAAAAAUCCGAUCUCCUCGCCGCUUUUUAGGGAGUCCAAGAACGCCAGUGAGUCCAGUGAAGUUUCCUGGUGAUUGUUGGCCUCGCUGUCCUGGUAUGCCUGGCUCUUCCAAUCUUCAGUCCCCCUCUGAGCAUGCCAUGGAGGUGUCCACCGCGGAUCAAAUGGAGAUCUCAGCCAGCACCGAAGUCACCGCUCCACUACCCAUCAGACAACCCACUGGCUCAGCCAUGGGUGCGUUCAAACAGCAGGCGUACCCAGUUAUGGCAAAACGGCCAGAGCAUCUACGCAUGAACCUAUGACCUGUAACCUAUGACCUAGAGAUUUACUACGAUUUGCUCUCUGUUUCUUUUAUAUGAAUACUAGGGGGGGGAGGGAAGAAAAAAAACAACAAGAAUUCCCUACCAUCACAGAACCUAGUCUUUACUGAUCUGAUGAGCAUGUGCGCUUCAUUGAUCUCGAGAAACUGCUUCAGUUCCUCACGUCCCAAAAACCUCAAGCCCACGUUAUUAUCAGAUGCUUUGUGUCACAUCAGAUGGAUUAUAAGGCUUGGGAGUUCUUUUGGAUGAUUUUUUUUUACAUGAUUGUACCAUCAAAAGAAUAUGAAACACAUGAACAAUAAUCAAAUGUCUGGCACAGUUUGCUCAGUGUGCAGACUAGGUGCUCUGUGCAGAAUGAUCAAGUGCUGUUAAGGAAUUGCUUCCUUGUGGAAUUGUUUGUGUUUUUACAGUAUUGCUUGGAAAGCCAGAAUGGCUCUCUGUUUAUUAAAAAGAGAAAUGAUUUGUAGGGAUUCCAUGAACAGAGCAGAGGUUGAUAAGUUGGCAUAAGUCUUAUUCUCUUUAAACUGUGUACGUCCCACGGUGAUAUUUAGAUGAUGGGUCAUUACACAAAUGCCUCAAUAAAAAACAAAGACAUUUGACUUUUAAAUCUUUUUUCGUGUUACAUAUGGCCCAAAUUAUUGAGAUGCAUAUUCACUGGGUCCUUAAUUCAUUUUUUUAUUCCCUUGCAUUUUAGAAGUUGAUCAUGCCAGAUGUGUUUUCCAAUCGUGAACAUCGAGUGCAAGACUAGAGCAUUUGUAAAUGUGCUCUUGCCAUAGUUGUACAUUUAAAUAAUUUAAACUGCAUAGAGCCUUUACAAGGUUGACUAAUGUUUGACACAAGGCCAAAGAUGCUUAAUAAUACACAAAAUAAUGUUCUUAAUAUUUUUGCCAAGAUUGUCUAACCAUUUUAAGGGUGUUUUUGGUGUUCAUAGGCCUCAGGUGACCUUGUGUUUGAGUCAACUACUCAGUAUGAUAGUGAAUAGUCACUGUGAAAGGUUAUUGUUUAUGGUUUAGUUUUUCCAUCUGGAAGAUUCAGCAUUGCAUAUACAGUGCAAUUAAAAUAUUCUGGAUUUUUUUUUUCUCUAUAAUUAAAUUCUAAAAGUGAAACUUGGGAAUUCUUUACACUUGAAGUGAAAUAUUUUAACAGUUUUUAAUUUUCUUUUCGAUGAUUCAGCUCACAGCUCGUUAAAAAAUAACAAAUCUUAAAAUAUUUCUCAGAACUGUAGAAUAUUUCAGUUUGGAAGUGAAAAGUGUGGGAGGAAAAGCUUUAUAAGCAACACAGAUGGCCCUGCCUUUAAAAAAAUUAAAAUGUGAUUAAAGAAUUUCGUAGAGUUUCACAAGGAGUAAAGUGAGGCUGGAGUCCCUGCAUCAAGAGCCCCCAUGCAAAAACAUCAUCUACAAAUGUGUUCCUCAUAUUAAGCCAUUCUUGACUGGACUGUUGCUUAGUGGUCUGAAGUUCUCAAUCUAAUUGCAAUUUCCUGACCAUUAUAUUACUGUGCUUGAUUGGUCAGCCAAAUCACCUGACCUGAACCCCGUUGAGAAAUUACGAUUGUUAAGAUGAGAAAACCCUGACUGAACAAUGAAGAUGAGCUAAAGAAUGCUAUUAAAGCAUCCUGGUUUUAAUACCUCAGCAGUGCCACAAAAGCCCUGACUGAAUUAAUAAAUGAAUUAACAUACA